GCAGAGAGGCCCCUGGCCAGGGAACUGAUUGAAAUUUUGGCAAUUUCAAGAAACCAGAAACUCCCACAACCAGGAGAGGAGAGCCAGAUCCUGGAGUUGCUGAUCCAGAGAGAUGGAGAGUUUCAGGAAUUAAUGAAACUGGCACUCGAUCAGGGGAAAAUCCAUCAUGAAAUGCAGCUAUUAGAAAAGGUAGUCGAGAAGCGGGACAGUGAUAUUCAGCAGCUACAAAAACAACUGAAGGAAGCAGAGCAUAUACUGGCAACAGCUGUUUAUCAAGCAAAGGAAAAACUAAAAUCAAUAGAAAAAGCAAGAAAGGGUGCUGUUUCAUCCGAAGAAAUAAUUAAAUAUGCCCACAGAAUUAGUGCCAGCAAUGCUGUUUGUGCUCCUUUGACAUGGGUACCAGGGGACCCACGCAGGCCAUAUCCUACAGAUUUGGAGAUGAGGAGUGGCCUAUUGGGUCAGAUGAACAAUCCGUCCACAAAUGGAGUUAAUGGACACUUGCCAGGGGAUGCGCUUGCAGCGGGCAGAUUGCCAGAUGUGCUUGCCCCUCAAUAUCCCUGGCAGUCGAGUGAUAUCUCAAUGAACAUGCUACCUCCAAAUCAUAGCAAUGACUUUAUGCUGGAGCCUCCAGGGCAUAAUAAAGAAAAUGAAGAUGAUGUAGAAGUUAUGUCAACAGACUCCUCAAGCAGUAGUAGUGACUCGGAUUAAGUACUGAAAAGGGACAUCAUUCCAACCAAAUAGACUUCUUUCCUCUGGUGAAGGCAGGUUGGAUGCUGUUCAUCAAAAGCUGAAAUGCCAGCUGGAUACAGUGGCUUCACUGUGACAAAGCCAGUUUACAUCUAGGAUGAUGGUUUUAAAAUGGUGACCUCUUUGUUGCUCUAUCCACAAGGUGCUCAAUUAAAACAAGCAAAAACUGGUGGUAACUUUUUGCUGGACAGAGUUUUGCCAGAUUUCCAAUGAUUAUGUUCUUUGUAAACUAUAUUUUUUACUAUGCAUUAGACAAAAUAUGUUUCUGGAAGGAAGCUGUAAGGGGAAUCUCCUGGGAUGUUUGUUAAUAAUUUCAUUCUUUUGAUAAUAGCCUUUCUCUUAAGGCGUACAAAUGUGUACAGCUGUGUAGAUUUUAAAGGUUGGCUCCUUUGUUAGCUACUGCCAGAACUCAAGUGUUUGGUCAUCUUGUGUAUUAUGAGAACAAAAAUGUGGUGUGACAAUAAGCUGUUAUACAAAAGUAUUUUUGUAAUUAUUGUACUAUAUAGUGAAUUUGUUAUAAAUAAAAAAAUCAACUUUGA